AUCGCUGCAAUUAUGGAUGACAUGGAUGAAGUACUUAGCAAUUACCUUGUUGACACCUUGAUCCAAACUGAAAAGAAAACUCUAAAGAGAAAAAGCGAAAGCUGGCAGAAGUUGACGCCGUCUCUCACGAAAAAGGUGCUGAAAGAUCCUGUUGAACAGUUCAGAAAAGAUUAUGCAAAUGCAGAACCGUAUGAAAGCGAUAUGACGCUUUAUAUGCUUGCGACUGGAAAGAUAAUGUCCAUGACUCUGAAAGAGAUCGAAAAAGAGGAAGGAGAAGUAAUCAGCAGCAGCGAUGACGAUAAGAAAGCUGCAAAGGCUAAAAAAGAAGAGAAGAGACGUCUCCAAUAUCCAAUUGAAAUUAAACCUCCCCAAGAUUUCGUGAAGAGGCCUAAGAAGAGGUCUCUCAAAGACCUUCAUUUCGAAGAGAAGAAAGCGCUGAAAUGUUCUGAGAAAACGAAAUGUGUCAAAAACUCUGAGGAGAAACAACUUGCUAGAGAUAACCAAAACAGGAAACCUCGCAAAAACGCUGAGGAUAAAGGAUCUAAAAAGCAACGUGAGGAAAAGAGUUCUCCUAAACACCCUGAAGGAAGGAAAUAUUCUAAACCUGUUCAGGAGAAACAAAGUCGAAGACCUCGCUCCGCUCCGCAGAAAGACGAACGUAUCAUAACUUCUAGGGGUGCCAUAUACUCAGCUUAUCGGUCAUACUUUGAUUCUAACUCACCUAGUGCUUUCGGUGUUCGAACAGUUGAAGAAGCAGUUGAAUCUCUUAACGCAAAUGUCAACGCGCUUGAAGCACUUCGUUUCAUUCAACUUGCGAAGCCAGAUGAUUCUUUCGUUUGCUCUUUGAGCCCAACAGCUCUUGGUGUUCUCGCACUUCGUGGCUCAGAUCUUUGUCAACAUGUCCCUGUUACAAAAUACACUUUUGAUGAGGAUGAUGUGGCUUUUCCUACGCUUCUAGCUAAGCUUUUGCGCAAAAGUGACUUCAACAUAAUUGUCCUAUUGAUUACUUUUAUUAAGUUUGAUCUUGGUGCAACUUGGGAAAAUGGCAUAGCUUGGCUGAAUAGGGUAGCGUGCCCCGAAGAAGAUCUUGCAUGUUCUGAAGGAUGGUUUAUGUACCGACCCAGCCAGAUCUUCCGACUAUCGCAAUUGAUUCGUCUCCUGUUUCUUAGGACAGAGAUCGCGUUUGAUCCAGCGGAAAUUGGUGUUGAAGUGGUGCCAUUUUUAUACUUAUUAUAUACACGAUUUCGCGACACCAACAAGGAAAUAUCAAUUCUUGCUUUGAAAACGCUUUCAAACGUUGCUCUUAAUGGUUCAGCAUAUGCUGUCUCAAUAUUCACAUCAGAAUGGUUACCUCUGUUGGCCUCUAUGGUUGUUCAUGGGAAAACACUUCAAGAAAGAUUGAUUUCUCAUAAGAUUUGCCAAAAUGCAUUGAGCUCUCUGGGUGCCAUUGACUACCAGUUGAGGUCUGAUAUCUACGAACUAUUUCUUCCGGAGAAGGAGCCUGUGGUUGAUGUCGUCAUGAUUCAUGGUUUGCGGGGUGGUGUUGCUUACACAUGGCGACAAAAGGACCACUCUAGUAAUAUUGUCUCAAAUUGCUGGCCAAAGGCUUGUCAUUAA